AUAAAAGUGGUACCCAAAUUGUGUUAAAGAGACACCUCUCCUCUUCUCUCUCUCUCUCUCUCUAAAGGUUGUCUCUUUUUUAAACCUCUCUCCUUCUUUCUCUCUAGAUUUGGUGAAUCAAGUUCCAAGUUUUUGUACUGAAAAGUUGUGGAGAGAGAGAGGCUCUCAGAGUGAAAAACUUGGAACUUAAAUUUGCAGUCUUUAAUGUUUAAAUAUCUGCAAAGGGAACCGACAGAAGACAAGAUGGGUGUUCCUGAUCCAGAAGCGAUCAAGCAGUUUCAGUUGUUAAUGGAAGAAAUUGAUGAAGCGCUGAAGAAGACAUUUGAGAAUGUGCACCAAGGGUAUGCAAAUGAGACAUUUGUGCGGUUUCUUAAAGCAAGGGACUGGAAUGUUGGCAAAGCCCACAAAAUGUUGGUUGACUGUUUGCAAUGGAGGAUAGACAGCGAAAUUGACAAUAUAUUGGCGAAACCAAUCAUCCCUACUGAUUUGUACAGAGCAGUGCGAGAUUCUCAGCUUUUGGGAUUGUCUGGUUACUCAAAAGAGGGUCUUCCUGUCAUUGCUAUUGGUGUUGGGCUCAGCACAUAUGACAAAGCUUCUGUAAAUUACUAUGUUCAGUCGCACAUCCAAAUGAAUGAAUACCGAGAUCGUGUAGUUUUACCUGCUGCAACAAAGAAGUAUGGCAAAUAUAUUGGAACCUGUGUGAAAGUUUUGGAUAUGACUGGUUUAAGGCUCUCAGCACUUAAUCAUAUUAAGCUUUUGACUGUUAUUUCCACUAUCGAUGACUUGAAUUAUCCAGAAAAGACGGAUACAUACUAUAUUGUCAAUGCCCCAUACAUAUUUUCAGCAUGUUGGAAGGUGGUAAAACCUCUUUUGCAAGAAAGGACUAGGAGGAAAAUCCAGGUUCUUCAAGGAUGUGGGAAAGAUGAAUUACUGAAAAUCAUGGAUUAUUCGUCCCUCCCACAUUUUUGUAGAAGACAGGGCUCUGGAUCAUCUCGGAAUUCAGAGAAUGGACAUACUAGUAAUUGUUUCUCGUUGGACCAUGCUUUCCAUCAAGAGCUCUACAAUUUUGUCAAGCAGCAAGCUAUUCAAACGGAGUGUGUUGCACCAAUCAAACAAGGAUCCUUCCACGUCAAUUUCCCUGAUCCAAACCCUGAUGACGCAGAGAUAGCGAAAACCAUAGAGUCUGAGUUCCACAAGUAUGGAAACGGCCUCACCAAGUCACUAAGUGGCCUAAGAUUUAACGGUUCUUGAAUCUCUAUUUUUAACCUGUAUGACGGUUAUUAGCGUCUGUAACCUACAUGAGUAAAUGACAGUGGCAACAUUUCUAUGAGACCAGAAUGUUGUUGUCAUAUUAAUUCUAUGUAAUAGCGUAUGCUUGCAUCAGCUCGAUGCAGAUUCAUUUAUGACAAAAGCUAAUCCGGUGGUCUGAAAUACCACCGAUCACUAA